AUGUCCGCUUUGUUCAACUUCAAAUCGCUGCUGCAGGUUAUUUUGCUGCUGAUAUGCUCCUGUACCUAUAUCCACGCGCAGUGGCCGUCUCUACUGGAUCGUUACAAGGAUCACAGCGCUUUUGGCGCCUUCUGGAAGAUGGCAAGAGUGGGCGAGAGGGCUAGUCCGUAUGUUAGUCUGGCAUGUAUUUUGAUGGCUAUCAGCCAGUUGAACAAUUGA